CUCUCUCUCUUUCUUUCAGGGUGACACAUUCCAGCAUAUUCAGGACAUUGUGGUCAGUCUCCUCAGGACCAUUAACCGUACAGUCAUAACCAUGGGUCGUGAACACGCCCUGAUCUCUAGGGUGGUGGCCUGUAUGACUGCCAUUCUGAGUCAGAUGGAUGACAGCCACUACUCCAGUUACCUAGAGACCUUCUCAGGCACCACCGACCUAGUGGACUUUCUGAUGGAGACGUUCCUACUGUUUAAGGAUCUGAUUGGGAAGCACGUCUAUCCCUCUGACUGGAUGGCUAUGAUCAUGGUGCAGAACAGGGUGUUCCUCAGAGCAAUCAACACCUACGCUGAUACCAUGAACCUCAAGUUCCUCAACAACAACGACUUUGAAGUGCAGUUGUGGAAUAAUUACUUCCAUUUGGCCGUAGCAUUCAUUACCCAAGAGUCCUUGCAGCUCCAGCACUUCUCCUCAACCAAGAGGAACAAGAUCCUAACAAAGUAUGGAGACAUGAGGAGACUCAUUGGUUUCGCCAUACGGGACAUGUGGUACAAACUGGGUGGGAAUAAGAUCUGUUUUAUACCUGGGAUGGUGGGUCCUAUCCUGGAGAUGACUCUGAUUCCUGAGGAGGAGCUGAGACGAGCCACCAUCCCCAUCUUCUUCGACAUGAUGCAGUGUGAACACACAGUCUCCACACACUUCCACAAGUUUGAGAAUGAGAUCAUUCUGAAGCUGGAUCAUGAGGUGGAGGGAGGAGGAGGAGAUGAGAGAUACAUGGAGCUACUGGAAACCAUGUGGGUGUCUUUCAUCAAUACCAAUAUCUAUCCACUCAAUCAACCACCCGUUCACUUACGUACGUGUCUGUGUGUGUGUGUGUGUGUCAGUCUGUUGGAGUGUGCUGUGGCGCGUCCCUUGUUGAGGCCAGAGGUCGAGCACUUUGUCACCUUGGUGAAGGGACUCCUGGUGCGUCUCCUUGACUACCGCGCAGUGAUGAGUGACGACAGCCGCAACAACCGCAUGAGCUGCACUGUCAAUCUCCUGAAUUUCUACAAGGACAUCAACCGUGAAGGGAUGUACAUCAGAUACCUCUACAAGCUGAGAGACCUUCACUUGGAUGUGGAAAACUACACAGAGGCUGCAUACACCCUGUUGCUUCACUCUCGCCUGCUCAAGUGGUCAGACGACCAGUGCAGUCCCCAGUUUGAGUUGCGUAGCUGUCAGACCCAGCGCCAGCUGAAGGAGAACCUCUAUGACAAAAUCAUCGGACACUUCGACAAGGGCAAGAUGUGGGAGGAAGCCAUUACUCUAUGUAAGGAGCUGGCUGACCAGUAUGAGAUGGAGGUGUUUGACUACGAGCUGCUCAGCCAGAGUCUGAAGCAGCAGGCUAAGUUCUAUGAGAACAUUAUGAAGAUCCUGAGGCCCAAGCCAGACUACUUUGCAGUGGGAUACUAUGGACAGGGCUACCCUCCCUUCCUCAGGAACAAGGUGUUUAUCCACCGGGGGAAGGAGUACGAGCGUAGAGAAGACUUUCAGAACCAGCUGAUGAGUCAGUUCCCCAGCGCUGUCCGUCUCAAUAUCACCACCAUGCCUGGAGACGACGUCAGACUCUCCCCGUUGCAGUACAUCCAGUGUUUCACUGUUCAGCCCGUCCUGGAGAUCCCACCUCACCUGAAGAACAAACCAGUCCCUGACCAGAUCAACAACUUCUACAAGUCAAACUAUGUGCAGCGUUUCCACUACUCCAGACCAGUGAGGAGAGGACCAGUGGACCCCAAUAAUGAGUUUGUUUCCAUGUGGAUUGAGCGCACCACAUUCACCACAGUGUACAAACUCCCUGGGAUCCUGCGCUGGUUUGAGGCCACAGACAUGAAACAUACCACCAUCAGUCCUCUGGAGAAUGCCAUAGAGACCAUGGAGAGCACAAAUGACAAGAUCCUCACCAUGGUAAACCAAUACCAGGCCGACGACGCCCUUCCCAUCAACCCCCUCUCCAUGCUGCUCAACGGCAUCGUGGACCCCGCUGUCAUGGGGGGCUUCGCCAAGUACGAAAAGGCCUUCUUCACUGAGGAGUACAACCUGCAACACCCAGAGGACCGAGAUAAGCUGUAUCGCCUCAAAGACCUCAUCGCAUGGCAGAUCCCGUUGCUGGGGGGAGGGAUCUCUCUACAUGGUAAGAGAGUGACAGACGACCUACGACCUUUCCACGAGCGCAUGGAGGAGUGCUUCAAACACAUGAGGAAGAAGGUGGAGAAGGAGUACGGCGUGAGGGACCUGCCGGAUAUGGAUGAGAGGAAGUCAACUCGUCCGCGCUCUGUCCUUCGCUCCUUCCGUCAGUCUGUCAUCUCCAUCUGCUCCCUCCAGGGGUCUGAGUGUGGGACCCCCACCAAACCUUACCCAGACAGUGGUCUCCCUGACACGGUGUCCCCCCGGACCCCCACCCUGCAGCGCUCCAGUGGGAGUAUGAGCAUGGGGGAAGAGGGAGGGGCCGAUGGGGAGGUGAAACUCAGGAAGUCCAAAAAGAAAAGGAAGAGGAGCAGCAUGAUCUUCAUCCCAGAGGAGAGAGACAGGACCAACACACUGGACAGUAAACGGCUGUCUAAGAAGCAGGAGUUCCGCAGUGACACCAACCUGUCUGAACCCUGUCAGGGAAAUGACUCUCUCACCAAUGUCAACUCCAGGUCUCUGCCUGCUAUUACAGGUCUGUCUCUGUCUGUGGUCAACGGUAGUGAGGAGGCGGAGUCAGCCCGGUCCAGGAGGGACAGUAAGAGCAUGUCUGUGUGUCUUCCUGGUGACCGUACCGCUGACAGACGCUCCAAAGGGGUUAUCAGCAUGCUGUUCGGGGCCAAGAGCAACAAGUCUGAGCAACAGAAAGACAAGUCGUGUACUGACCCAGGCAACAAGAACGUCAGUCAUUUCUAACAGCCGUCCAUCAAGCAUGAUGUACCCUCAGUGCCUUUACACCUGCUCUGCUUUGAAUGUCAGUCAACACAAGGGGUUGUUGCCCUGCUAUAGAAGCUCCUCUUUGGAAAGAGCCAUCUGAUCAGCUUUUUCAUCAAGACUUGUUUGCGCUUCCGCAGGCACACACACAUAGAGAGGGAGAUGGAGAGACACAGACUUGAUCUCUGAUGAAAUUCUGCAUAGCAAUGCUUUCACACUUCUGCUCUCACAUCUUUUACAAUCAAUCAAAGAUACAUUUUCCUUGUUAUUUUUGCAGUAAGUAAUGUAAUUUAAGUAAUGUAACUUUCAAAUUUGAUUCAACUUAUGAAACAAUGAAUAAAAAGAUAUCCAAUGUUUGACAGGGUAGGUUUUUUUUCAAAGUACAUUCUAUUAACAGUUUAAUGUGAAUCUCAGAACAUAAUGGAUGAACUCAUUGAGGACAUGGAUGAUGUCCCAAAGCACUCUCAUUAAGAGCCAAUGGCCAAAAGAACAUGGCUUUAUUUCAAUAAAUAGUACAAACACAAA